UAGUGAAGCAGUUACAUAGACUAUAAUCUUGUAAAGCAGCAAUUUGCCAUAUAAAUUACCAAAAAUAGUUCCUUAUGAGUAAACUCUUUACCAACCACACUUGCACCAAAAAUAUAGAACUUUCAAGUUUGAAUUCUCCUUUAAGCUUUGUUUUUGAAAGUUUUAACUCUGAGAAAAAAAAAUAUUCAAUCUCGCAAAUUUUCCCUGCUAGUUAAAGUAUUGUCAGACAAAGGAAGUAGGUAAAUUGGUUAUAAAUUUCCGUACAUCCUUUGGGCAUCUCUUCCUUCAAUUCUUUCUUUACAGAAGCUCUUUUUACCCCUAUCCUUGUACAAAAAAUCAUUUACAUUCUUCAUGACUGAAGUCGAACCUGCUCAUGAGGAAGAAACAAAGCCUUCCGUUCCCUCUAAUGCUGCAGAAGAGUCUCCUACAAGUGCUGCUUCUACAGCAGCCGCUGCUGCUGCUGCUUCUUGGAAAAGCCGAUUUCCUGUAGCCCGUAUAAAAAAGAUCAUGCAAGCUGAUCAGGAUGUUGGUAAGGUAGCUCAAGUUACCCCCGUCAUCAUGUCUAAAGCAUUAGAAAUGUUUAUGCAAAGCAUAAUAAAUGAGUCUUGUCAACAAGCUCGUUUACACCAGGCAAAACGUGUAACCGUUUCUCAUCUAAAACAUGCCGUGAAAAGUGUUGAACAAUUUGAUUUCUUACAAGACAUCGUAGAAAAAAUACCUGAUGCUCCUCCUAUUAAAGCCGAACGAAAACCAAAAAGACCCCGUACUCGUCGUACACCCCAGAAUCCUGAGAACACUGAAAAUACUCGUCAAGCCUCAAAGAAAUCAAAGACGAAGGAGUCGAAGAAGGCCGCUGAGUCGGUCAAAGAAGAAGAGGAGGAGCAAGAACCCGAACCAGAACAGGAACAGGAACCAGAAGAAGCAACAGUUGAAUCAGAAGGCGUAAGUGAAACUGUCAAAAAGGAAGAAUCAGCUGAAGCAGAUGCUGCUUCUGAAAAAACCGCUAGUGAAAAUUCAAAUUCUUCUGGUGAAACGUAGGUAUCAAAUAGCUCUAUAAGCUUUUUGAAAACUGGACAUUGUUGCAUGGUAAUUUAUAUGUUUUGGAUCGCUUAUUUCUCUAGUUAAUCCGGUCGUUAGUCUGGCUUUACCCCUUUCUGUCAUUGAAUGUUAGACUAUACUAUUUAAUUUUGCACUCAAUACUCGGAGUCGACUACAAUUUUUGUUUCUUAUAUGCAUUCUAUAAUGAUAGGAAUUCUCAUAAGAAGGAGGUUUUGCAAUGAUAAAAUUAGACGACGAAUAAUCAUAAUAGUUAAAAUGAUAGCACUAUAAUCUUCACGGAAAGUUGAUGACCGUCAGUUUAAUAAAAGAUAUUCAAAAAACUCCUGAAUAAGAGUUGUAUAAGGAGUAAACCCAACCCAA